UGCCGGGCGGCCAUGCAGGCGCGCUACUCCGUGUCCAGCCCCAACUCCCUGGGCGUGGUGCCGUACCUCGGCGGGGAGCAGAGCUACUACCGAGCGGCGGCGGCGGCGGCCGGCGGGGGCUACGCGGCCAUGCCGGCCCCCAUGAGCGUGUAUUCGCACCCGGCCCACGAGCAGUACCCCGCCGGCAUGGCCCGCGCCUACGGGCCCUACACGCCGCCGCCGCAGCCCAAGGAUAUGGUGAAGCCGCCCUACAGCUACAUCGCGCUCAUCACCAUGGCCAUCCAGAACGCGCCCGAUAAGAAGAUCACCCUCAACGGGAUCUACCAGUUCAUCAUGGAGCGCUUCCCUUUCUACCGGGACAACAAGCAGGGCUGGCAAAACUCCAUCCGCCACAACCUGUCCCUCAACGAGUGCUUCGUCAAAGUGCCCCGCGACGACAAGAAGCCCGGCAAGGGCAGCUACUGGACGCUGGACCCCGAUUCCUACAACAUGUUCGAGAACGGCAGCUUCCUGCGCCGCCGCCGCCGCUUCAAGAAGAAGGACGCCGUCAAGGACAAGGAGGAGAAGGACCGCCUGCACCUCAAGGACCAUGCCCCGCCGCCGCCGCGCCCGCCGCCCACCGCCGCCACCGGCGCCGAGCCCGAGGGCGGGGGCCCUCCCGCGGCCGGGGCCGCUCCGCCGCCGGUGCGCAUCCAGGACAUCAAGACGGAGAACGGCACGGCCUCCCCGCCGCAGGCCGUGUCCCCGCCGGGCGCCGCGCCGCCGCUGGGCGCCGUGCCCAAGAUCGAGAGCCCCGACAGCAGCAGCAGCCUCUCGAGCGGCGGCAGCCCCCGCGGCGGAGCGCUCCCCGCCGCCCGCUCCCUCGGCAUGGAGGGCCCCGAGCCUCCUCCUCCACCUCCUCCACCUCCUCCUCCUCCCCCCCCUCCGCACCAUCACGGGCCGGGCUUCAGCGUGGACAACAUCAUGACCUCGCUGCGGGGCUCCCCGCAGGCGGCCGAGCUGGGCGCCGGCCUGCUGCCCCCCGCCGCCGCCGCCCCGCGCAGCUCGCUGCCGCCCGCCCUCUCGCUCGGCGCCUACUCUCCGGGCCACAGCUCUGCGGUGUACGGCUCGCCCUGCGGCCAGCCCGCUGCCGCCGCCGCCGGCUCCUACCACUGCAACAUGCAGGCCAUGAGCCUGUACGCGGCGGCGGGGGGCAACGAGCGGCCCGGCGGCCACCUGCCCGCAGCCAGCCCCGCCGAGGAGCCGCUGCCCGACUACGCCAUGCCCGGAGGGGGCGGCGGCGGAGCGGCCAACGGCGGCGCGGGGAGCGGCGGCGGCCCCGGCGGCGGCGGCGGCGGCGGCGGGGCAGGGGGCGGCCACCAGGAGGGGCACCACCCGCACCCGCACCCGCACCAGGGCCGCUUGGCUUCCUGGUACCUCAACCAGGCGGCUGCGGCGGCGGCGGCGGCGGCGGCGGCGGCGGGGGAGCUGGGCUACGCGGGGCCGCAGCAGAGCUUCGCCGCCGGUCCGCGGGACGUCUUCGAAGCGCCGCGGAUGGGGCUCAGCGCCUCGCCCGGAGGCGGAGGAGGCGGCGGCAACGCGGGGAGCGGCGGAGGAGCGGGGGGCGGUGGCAGCUGUCAGAUGGCGUUCCCCGGCAGCCAGCCGCUGUACCGCGCCUCCGGGGCCUUCGUCUACGACUGCGGCAAGUUCUGAGCGCGGCCCGCCGCCCGCCGCCCGCGUGCGGGGCGGUGAGAGGACGGCGGUGCCCGCUCCCACUUGGAUGGUGCGGACCAAACGCCACAAAGUGUUUCCCCUUCCCCGAGAAGUGUCGUUAACACGGACUGAAACGCUGAUAUUUUUUUUUCACUCUAUAUAUAUAAAAAAAGGGAAACUGUAUUAAUCUUAUUCUAUCAAUAUUUUUUCCUGUUUUUUUUUUUUUUCGUUGAAAAUAUCCCGAAGGUAUCGCGUUGUUUGUUUAUUAAUAAAUUACCGUUCAGUUGGAA